CUCUCGAUCAUGCAAUCAACACGAGAGGAUAUGGUCAAUCUGGACAUCAUCGUAGAGACGCUGUGAUUUGGGAUGAUGACGAUCCUAGCGAUGGGCCCUCCGGUCAUGAUCAUCUACACAGCGGCGGACUUGGCUCCAAUGAUGAUGAUGAUCACCUCUCACUCUCUAUCGAUCUCUUCACCCAUUCAACACAUCCAUCUUCUCAAUCACCUGCGAUCACCACCCUUCCGGAUCCAACACUCAGUAAUAUACAAGAAAUCGAAGGGAUGAUCAAAUGGGCUUCUAGGUCAUCCUUUGGUCGCGAACGAGUCUCAAGUCAUAUCCUCAGAAGAGAUUAUGUGAAGAAACUUGAAGCGAUCAAAACCGAGGCCGAAGAUCUUGAAAGUCUCAAGGACUUGAACGCCCUGUGUACAUUGGUGCACAGCAUUUUAAUGUUAAAUGAUGCAGCCAUUUAUGAGUAUUGCCUACAAGACGACAUCGUGUUGAUUGUGGCAGGUAUAUUAGAUUACGAUCCCGAAUUUGGCAAUCAAAAGGCAUCCUAUCAUUCAGAUCUCUCAGAUCAGACUCGGUUCAAACAGGUGAUACCUAUCAAAGAUCCUACAAUCACAUCUAAGAUCCAUCAAACCUAUCGACUUCAGUAUUUCAAGGACAUCAUCUUGGCCCGCAUCCUGGACGACUCCACUUUUUCGAUCAUCAACAGUAUGAUCUUUUUUAAUCAGAUCGAUAUUGUUCAAUACCUCCACUCUAAUGAUGAAUUUAUGAGAGAGCUCUUUGGGAUCUUCGAUGAACGCACUGCGCCUGCUGCAGCCGAUUCAUCACCAGUGAUAGGACCAUCUCUACCGCCCUCAAUGCUUGUGACCACCAGCUCCGAUCUUAGCGAACCACCUUCUAUCGAACGAAAGAUUGAUGGUAUCCUCUUUAUUCAACAACUUUGCGGAAUGGCCAAGCACCUACAGCCCCCAUCUCGAAUUGGGUUUUUUCGAUCCUUGGCCGAACGAGGGGUGCUGAAAGUGAUUGAGUUUGGACUUUCAAAGAGACCAGUUCCGGAUGGUCAGCAAAAUCAAACAACCGCACCUGACCAAGAGGAUCCACUCGAUGAUUCAGCUAUUAAAUCAGCCAUCUGUGAGAUCCUGAUCACCAUAAUUGAUUAUGAUCCCAAAUGUGUUCGAAAUUACUGUGUCAAACAACAUCUGCAAAAAACGCGAAAUUUGGUUGAAUGUCUCAUUGAUCUCCUGCUACUCGAGACGGACUUGGGACUAAAAGCGCAACUGGCAGAAGCUGUCCGUAUCCUUGUCGAUACGUAUACUGGCGCAGGUGGAGGUGGGAUGAUGCCGAUGCAGGUUGGACCAGAUUCAAGCAGGAAAGAAGAUCCGGAAAAUGAAAUGUUUCUAGACUUCUUUUAUAAUUUUUGUGUUUCUCAAUUAACGGCUCCGAUCUUCGACUUACCAGAAUACAACGAUGCGAAAGUGGUACUCAACACUAACUUACCUGCGAAGGUGGCAUGUCUGUUGAUUUUCGAUCGAUACAAAUUUGUUCAAUUGAGCGCCUUGAGAUUCUUUCGAUCAUUUUUGGGUAAAGAUGAUGAUCAUUUCAAUCGAUUUUUGAUCAAACAUGACCUUUUUAUGCCUGUUUUGGACCUUUUGAUUCGUCAAGGCUCAAAAGACAAUUUGUUAUCAUCAGCUUGUUUGGAAUUCUUUGAGACCAUCCGCCUGAAAAAUCCGAAACCAGCCUUGAAUCAUUUGAUGGAACGAGAUGCGACGCGUAUUAAGCAAUUAUCACAAAAAUUAGUCACAUUCAAGAAUCUGAUAGCCCGGUGGGAGAUGAAUAAUGAUCCUCCACCGCCACAGGCCUCCUCAAGUACUGCAACGGUCGUUGGCUCAUCCGGAGACACAGGCCUUCAUCCUCUACGCAACAUCGGAUCUUGGUCUCGAACCCGCACUCUUGAUGCAGAGGAAGAGAGUUAUUUUAAUCAUGACUCGGAUGAAGAAUCAGAUGAAGACCAUCAAAAACAAGAUUCUCAAAUCUCGAAGACGGCCACUCACUCUGUACUACCCAUUGCGAUUCCCACAAUUCCUAGUACGUUAGUCAAACCGAUGGGACUUACUGGAAGUGGGAGCGAAAGUGGAACGUCUAAUGGUCGGAAGCGAUAUCGAUCAGGAUCAUUGGUGUCGGAAGACGGCUCACCACAAUCAAGGACAGGAGGACUAACACGCUCGCGGACGCAUAGCGGACUGAUUUCAAGUGACAGUAGUAACAGAAGUAAAAGUACCAAGGCUGAGAUACCUGCUGUAACCUCUGGUGCACCUUUAGUAGAUUAUUCUGAUGAAGAAGAUGAAGAAGGAGAAGAAACAGAACAAGAUAAACCAGAGCCACCUAAAAGGCGAAAAAAUGAAGAUGAAGAAGAUGAAGGAGUGUUUGGUAGAUUGAAAAGAGGGAGUACACCUAUGAUCAGAUCAUCAGGUGGUAGUGGGUCUGUUGGGUUUACUUUUCCUAGCGCUUCUUUGACUUCUUCUACUACUGCCACAUCAUCAUCACCAUCUUCAGGAGGUAAUGGAAAAAAUCCAGCAGCGAAAAUUGUACUAAGUUUUGGAAAAAGUAGUAGUACUAGUAGUAGUAGUAGUGGUAAUGCUGAGAAUUGAGAAGUGGUGAAUGAUGAUAUAUCUUUCUUAUUUUUUUGUAGGAGAGGGAAGAGUUUUUUUUAUCAAAAAGGGGCAAGUCUUGUAAAGGUUUCAUUUUCGGGUUUCAUUUUUCUUCAAGGUGAAAGUGAUUAGUUUUUAUUUUUUUUUGUAUUUCAGAAAAAAAGAAACUAGAAGUUCAGAUAGCUGAUCAAAUGAGAUUCUUGAGGGAAAGAAAGGUGGGGAAGGUGGUUAUUCUUUUGUUUUUUUUGAUAGAAAGGGUUGUUGAGUUUUUAUAUUUUUGUUUUUAGCGUGUUUGUAUGUUGUUUUAUAUUGUUGAAGGGAAAACAAAAAAGGGAAAAAAAUUCAAUUUCC